AUAUUUGGAUGGCCUAACCACCACCUUAACCAAAAAGCCGCAGUUAAGAUCUAUUUUUAAAUACCCAACACAACCCUGGCCAUCGUCCUAGCUUCCCUGUUCGGCCGCUCUAAAGCCUCCCACCCGAUCGAGGCUCUGAGGACGGAAAAAACAGAGGAAACACCAAGUGAAACAUUGGAAAAAUCAACGACAAAGACGGAAAAGAAUUAGAAGAUGGGAAGGAAACAGGAGAAGAAAGGUGCCUCAUUAAACCCAAUAAUAUAUGAAAAUGCAACACUUUGUGAGGAAAACACUGGUAAAAAGAAUGUUGACAAUAAUUCUAUCUUGAAGAUUCAGCAUCUGCAACGACUGGCAACAUGGGCUGGUGGGGAAGCUAGAAUACCUCCUCUGGGUGCUUUUUUGGGAGCAUGUUUGGCUGCUCAAGCAGAGGCUUCAGGGAUUCCUCUAAAUCAUUCAACUUUUCUUUGCCAGAGAUGUGAAACUGUCUUACAGCCUGGCUUUAACUGCACCGUUCGAAUAGAAAAGCAUGUGAACAAGGGAAGAUGGUGCAAGAAGGCUACUAUUCCCUGUAAGAACAGUGUGUUCUACACAUGUCGCUUCUGCUCUCAUCGGAACCUGAAGUGGGGGACUGCUGAAGCCCAUAUGAAAAAUCUAAUUGCUUCAAGACUUAGACAAGAUUCAGACUCAAAUCAACAUUGCUCCGCAGAUAGAGCAGAUGGUAUCUCUGAGAAUGUAUUAGCUGCUAAACAUGCAAUUCAUCAGGAUGUUGGAGAGGAAAUCCCUUUAAAACUAGAACCUGUAUCUGAGUUGAAAUCUGUCACUCCUGGAAGAGCAGCAGUAACUGGAGAGGUUCUUGCUAAGAUUCCAGUAACUCCACUAGAAAAACUGGUGAACGCAUCUAAGAGGAAAAGGAAGGUCAGUGGCUCUAUUCCUAACAAGCUUCCUGUUGGUGGAAGUAAUUCAGCAAUAACUGAUUCAGGAAAAGGGACUGGGGGUUCCAGUAGGCGGCGAAGGAAAGCAUGGUGUAGCUUGAAGGAGAUUGCCGAAAAGAGCGAGCUUGAGGAUGCUAGGAACCUCAGCAAUUUUGCAAUCCCAUGUCAUAUAUAUGUGGCCACCUAACAAAGAAGAUGAGACCCAAUUUUGUUAGUGUUAUUCUAGAAAACAGAGAGGAAAUCUAUCAUUGAUUAACUAUGUAAUUAUGAUAUUAUAUGUUCAAGAAUGCUAUUCUCACAAAAUUUAUGUUAAGAUGGAAGAAUGUAGGAACAUAGAGCUUCCAGAAAA